AUGUGCCAUCAUUUGAAAACAGGUGGUUCCCCGCCGUUAGGAGCAUUGUGUUUGGACUACACAGAGGACAUCCACCGACCACCCGGAGAUGUGAUUGUUUCUGAGACGUAUACCUUUCCCGUUAUACAAGAAAAGGUUAUAGGGGCAACUCUGUGGAAGGUAGUUGACUCUCAGAGUUUUUCAGACAGCUAUGUUCAGCUUUUUGUCGACGCUUGCAGAGUUUUGCAAAAGAAAGGUUGCAUUGGCAUAAUUACCUCUUGUGGAUUUCUAGCACAGAUACAGGAGAGACUGGCGGAGCAGAUCGAAGUACCAAUAGCCACCAGUAGCUUGUUGCAAGUGCCUUAUGUUUUAGCUAUAAUAGGACCUAGAAAGAAAGUCGGGGUCAUUACUUUUGACGAGGCUAGAUUGAGUGAAACUCAUUUCAAUGGUGUUGGAAUCAACAACGAGAUGCUGAAGAGAGUAAUUGUUACUGGCUGCCACCCCAAAGGUGCAUUGCAUAGGAUCAUUACUCGUGGAGAUCCAUACAUUGCAGAAGAAGUAAAGCAAGAACUGGUAAAUUUAGCAACCGAGCUUGUUCAGAAGAACCAAGAUAUUGGGGCUAUAGUAUUGGAGUGUACACAGAUGCCUCCGUACUCUGAGGCUAUACAACAAGCAACGAAGCUUCCUGUAUUUGAUGGAGUUACCAUGGUGAAGUGGUUCUACUCUGGUUUGAAUAGUAUGGCUGUACCUGAUGACAAGAACAGACAAGAUGCAUUAAGGAGAAGGCUAAGAAGUAGCAAGGAAGAAAAACCGCCCUAG